GGAGCCCUGCGAUUUUCUAUAUAACCAAGGGCUCCGUUUGGAGAGAACUCAGCAAGUCACGAGAGGGAAGAAACUUCCCCCCCCCCCCCCCUCCCCGAGCACCAGCCCACAACGCAAAAGCAAACUGCAGGAUCUACAGCGCUGCCGUCCUCCUGGGACCUGCAGGACAUGGCAAGGGGCCGUGAGAGGGAGAGAAACUGAUCCCGAGAGCACCCAAAGUCCGUGGCCUCGAGGAAGGUAACCUAACGCUGAUGAAAAGCUUUGCUGUUCCGUGCACUGAUUUGCAAACAAAACGAUUUCCUGCGUCCGGCCAGAGGCAGGCAGAUAACUUUGUAGAGGCUGUUCUGGCUCACACCACUGUGGCUUAUCUCCCAGAUAGGCUUGCAAAGCUGCUUGAGCCUGCAGAGAUAAAAGAUCCAGACCCCAGCAAAGACACCCCAUGAGCAUCCCAAGGGCUCCCACGGCUGGCUUUGCCGCUCAGUCCUCCAUGGCGAGCAUCCCAGCUCCCACCACUCUCGCCAUUCUCCUGACCUGCCUCUUCUCCGGGGCACGCGGCCAGACCCCGGGGGCUUUCCAGGAGAGCACGGUCCCCUUCGAGGUGCUCAGCCAGGAGCAGGCGUACAGCCUGCUCCAGCCGGGCCUGCUGCAGGACGCCAAGCUGCCGAACCUCUCCGAGAGCCUCCCCAGGAGCAGCGGCUCCGAGCCGCCCCUGCUGCCCGUGUGCGUGAAGCCCGCCGAUAUCAGGCACAUCUUCAAGUACAUCAACACCAUCGUGUCCUGCACCAUCUUCAUAGUGGGGAUCAUCGGCAACUCCACGCUCCUCAGGAUCAUUUACAAGAACAAGUGCAUGAGGAACGGGCCGAACGUCCUCAUCGCUAGCCUGGCGCUCGGAGACCUCCUCUACAUCCUCAUUGCUCUGCCCAUCAACGUGUACAAGCUCUUGGCCAAGGACUGGCCCUUCGGCGUGCAGGUGUGCAAGCUGGUCCCCUUCAUCCAGAAGGCUUCGGUGGGCAUCACGGUGCUCAGCCUCUGUGCUCUCAGCAUCGACAGGUACCGAGCAGUGGCCUCCUGGAGUCGGAUCCAGGGGAUAGGAAUCCCCAUGUGGAAGGCAGUGGAGGUGACGCUGAUCUGGGCAGUGGCCAUCGUGCUGGCAGUCCCCGAAGCCAUAGCCUUUGACAUGGUCGAGCUCAACUACUGGGACCGAGACCUGUGGGUGUGCAUGCUCGCCUCCGAACAGAAAUCUAGCUUCAUGAUGUUCUACCGUGACGUGAAGGACUGGUGGCUUUUCGGCUUCUAUUUCUGCCUGCCCUUGGUAUGCACCGGCAUCUUCUACACCCUCAUGUCGUGCGAAAUGUUGAGCAAGAGAAACGGAAUGAGAAUCGCUCUGAACGACCACAUGAAACGGCGCCGGGAGGUGGCCAAGACCGUGUUCUGCCUCGUGGUGAUCUUCGCGCUCUGCUGGCUGCCGCUCCACCUCAGCCGCAUCCUCAAGAAGACCAUCUACGACCAGACGGACCCCAACAGAUGUGAACUGCUCAGUUUCCUCCUCGUGAUGGAUUACUUUGGGAUCAACAUGGCCUCCCUCAACUCCUGCAUCAACCCUGUGGCCCUCUACUUCGUCAGUCGGAAAUUCAAGAACUGCUUCCAGUCCUGCCUGUGCUGCUGGUGCCAGAGACCCGCUCUGAGCAUCACGCCGACGGACGAGAAGGGCUCUGUGGGCAAGUGGAAAGCCAACGGGCAGGAGCUUGGGUUGGACCGCAGCAGCUCCCGCCUGAGCAACAAGUACAGCUCUUCCUAAAGCCCCCCUGCGGGGCAGAGCGGAGAAGGCACUGUGAAAAGACAGCAGGACACCUCCAUUUCUCUCGCACGGCCAUUCCCUGGCUGGGCUUGAAUUGUUUUUGCCGCCGCGUCGUAACCCACCUGGCAGGAGCUGCAGCAUUUCACUGACCCCUGGGACUAGCUCUGAACACUGCCUCUGAGCUCUGCUUGUCCAUCCUCCCGUCCAAGUCGCCUCUGCGGGAGGAGGAAGAACGGGAUCCAGCUCCCUGUAGGAUUUUUCAGUUCCGGAGAUGGGUGCGAAAAGGGAAGGGAAGUUGAGAUGAUGUCACCCUGAGACGGAUGUGGGAUGGGAAGGAGAGGGCAAGGCACCCAAGUGACAAAUUUCCAGCUGAAAAAGCCAAAAAGCCAUCCCUUAUGAUCUCCCUCUGCUGCUGGAACAGUUUGUCCCGGGGCAGAGAGCCAGGAUAAGACCCAGGCACGUGCAGGUGUGGCCUGAAACCUCCCCGCUUGCAGCCACGGCACGGAGGGAUGGGCAGCAACCCAGCUUUGUGAUGUGACCAACCUCACCUGGGGAGCCCUAAAGGACCCCCCCCCUCUUUCCCUUUUCCUGGGAAAUCUGCCCCAGGC